AGAGGCAGACAGCGCGUCGGCUCUUCUUCAUCUCACUGGCAUCUUUCAGCCAGAGAAGCUUCAUAAUCCUCAGCGCUGCAUAUGCUAUUCCAUCAUUAUAUCAACCACAUGUGCUUUUAAAACCAAUGCAGCUUGCCCCAUUCUUGCAGAUUUGUACAUGUAGAGCCCCUAGCUAAUUCAUUAUUAUGCAUGGUAACCUUGUGUAUGUCUAGAUUUAAUUUAUAGACAGAGGGUCGUCCGAACGCUGCCCGUCGUUAUCCGUUCAAGAGCUUCAUUUUUUUCCUUCUCUCCCGCUUGCCUGAAACCAAGCUCGGUUGAUAGACGGAAGAGACCGCGACUGACGGCUCCAAAAUGGGGUAUGGACGGUCGGACAGCUACCGCGUGGCGACCACGCAGGACAAAGAUGAGAAAGAGUCCCCCAAGAAGGGGAAGAGUGGGAAAGACCUGGAUGACCUGAAGAAAGAAGUGCCACUGACAGAGCAUAAGAUGUCAAUUGAAGAAGUAUGCCGAAAGUUCAACACUGACAUUGUACAGGGUCUGACCAACGCUAAGGCGGCGGAGUACCUCGCUCGUGAUGGUCCCAACGCUCUCACCCCACCCCCCACCACCCCAGAGUGGGUCAAAUUCUGCCGACAGCUCUUCGGAGGCUUCUCCAUCCUGCUGUGGAUCGGAGCCAUCCUCUGUUUCCUGGCCUACGCCAUCCAGGCCGCCACGGAGGACGAGCCUGCGGGAGACAACUUGUAUCUGGGGAUCGUUCUGUCUGCUGUGGUCAUCAUCACCGGCUGCUUCUCCUACUUCCAGGAGGCCAAGAGCUCCAAGAUCAUGGAGUCUUUCAAAAACAUGGUCCCCCAGCAAGCUUUAGUGAUCCGUGAAGGUGAGAAACUGCAGAUUAACGCUGAGGAGGUUGUGGCCGGUGAUCUGGUGGAGGUGAAGGGAGGAGACAGGAUUCCUGCCGAUCUCAGGAUCACCUCUGCUCACGGCUGCAAGGUUGACAACUCCUCCCUGACCGGCGAAUCAGAGCCCCAGACCAGGUCACCUGACUGCACCCAUGAUAACCCUCUGGAAACCCGUAACAUCGCCUUCUUCUCCACCAACUGUGUUGAGGGAACUGCUCGUGGUAUUGUAGUUUGCACCGGUGACCGUACUGUCAUGGGCCGCAUUGCUACUCUGACCUCCGGCCUGGAGACCGGAAAGACCCCCAUCGCCAAGGAGAUCGAGCACUUCAUCCAAAUUAUCACCGGCGUGGCCGUCUUCCUGGGCGUGAGCUUCUUUAUCCUGUCAAUCAUCCUGGGCUACACUUGGUUAGAGGCCGUCAUCUUCCUCAUCGGCAUCAUCGUCGCCAACGUGCCCGAGGGUCUGCUGGCCACCGUCACUGUGUGUCUGACCCUCACGGCCAAGCGCAUGGCCCGUAAGAACUGCCUGGUGAAGAAUCUGGAGGCUGUGGAGACUCUGGGAUCCACCUCCACCAUCUGCUCUGAUAAAACCGGCACCCUGACGCAGAACCGCAUGACUGUCGCCCACAUGUGGUUCGACAAUCAGAUCCAUGAGGCCGACACCACUGAAGAUCAGUCUGGUGCGUCCUUUGAUAAGAGCUCUGGGACGUGGUUGGCUCUGGCCCGUGUGGCAGCGCUCUGUAACAGAGCCGUGUUUAAGGCGGGACAGGAUUCUCUGCCUAUCCUGAAGCGCGACGUUGCAGGAGACGCCUCGGAGUCGGCUCUUCUCAAGUGCAUCGAGCUCUCCUGUGGGUCCGUCAAAGCCAUGAGGGAAAAGAACAAAAAAGUGGCUGAAAUUCCAUUCAACUCCACCAACAAAUACCAGCUGUCAGUGCACGAGACGGAUGAGGGGACCGAUAGCCACUACCUGCUGGUAAUGAAGGGGGCGCCAGAGCGCAUCCUGGACCGUUGCUCCAACAUCCUCAUUCAGGGGAAAGAGCAGCCCAUGGAUGAGGAAAUGAAGGAGGCCUUCCAGAACGCCUACCUGGAACUCGGAGGGCUGGGAGAAAGAGUUCUUGGUUUCUGCCACGUGUUCCUGCCCGAGGACAAGUACCCCAAAGGAUUUGCCUUUGACACCGACGACAUCAACUUCCAGACUGACAAACUGUGCUUUGUGGGUCUGAUAUCCAUGAUUGACCCUCCCCGAGCUGCCGUCCCCGACGCUGUGGGCAAAUGCCGCUCAGCUGGUAUCAAAGUCAUCAUGGUGACCGGUGACCAUCCAAUCACGGCCAAGGCCAUUGCUAAAGGUGUCGGUAUCAUCUCUGAGGGGAACGAAACCGUGGAGGACAUCGCCGCUCGGCUUAAUAUUCCUGUCAGCCAGGUCAACCCCAGGGAUGCUAAAGCCUGUGUGAUCCACGGCUCAGAUCUGAAGGAUCUCACGCAGGAUCAGAUGGAUGAACUGCUGAGGAAUCACACAGAGAUUGUGUUCGCCAGGACCUCUCCCCAGCAGAAACUCAUCAUCGUGGAAGGCUGCCAGAGACAGGGCGCCAUUGUGGCCGUGACUGGUGACGGAGUGAAUGACUCCCCCGCUCUGAAGAAGGCAGACAUCGGUGUUGCCAUGGGGAUCUCGGGCUCAGACGUCUCCAAGCAGGCUGCAGACAUGAUCCUGCUGGACGACAACUUUGCAUCCAUCGUUACUGGAGUUGAGGAAGGUAUGAGAGAGAGGGAGGCGAAGCUUAUGAGAAAUGUAGAAAGAAAUCCAGAGCAAGCCAGGGGCAAAUCAGACAAGGAGAUUGUUUUCAUCUAUGCCUCAGAUUUUGCUCUUUAUUCUUCAUUUUGAUCUCUGCUAGAUUCC